AUGGCUUCUCCUGCCGUCUCCUCUCCAUACGCAGCCGCAACCAACGGCAGCAGCAGCAGCAGCAGCAGCAGCAGCAAUAGCAAUAGCGGGCGUUUUGCGGCUGCUUCUCCAACGCCGCGGCCUGAUGCUGCAGCGGCCUCCCCCUUCGUCAAGGGGGAUGGCAGCAGCAGCAGCAGCAGCAGCAGCAGCAGCAGCUUCAAGCCCCCUAGCAGCUUGCUGCAGCAGGUGGGUUUGAUAGAGAAGCAGGCGCAUGCACGCAGCAGCAGUUGCUGCUGCUGCAGCGAUCGGCAUGUCUUCGUUGGUGGCUCCGGGCUUGUGGGGACUGUCUUCGUUUACCGCAUCGUCCCUCAUCACCAGCAGCAGCAGCAGCAGCAGCAGCAGCAAGAGCAGCAGCAGCAGCAGCAGCAGCAGGGACUGGAGUUUGUGGGGUUGCUGGGGCGCAUGGCGUCGCAAGUACAGAAAGUGCUUUUAAACCCCCAAGGAGACACUUUGCUCGCUUUAACUCAAGCAGGGUUGUGCUACGUGUGGGGCGUUGAUGAGGAUUCGUUGGCUUCGUUGCAGCGCACGACAGCAACAGCUUUAUUUCAGUCUCCUGCAGCAGCAGCAGCAGCAGCAGCAGCAGCUUGGCGCAGCAGCAGCAGCAGCUCUUUGUGGGCUCGAAGGGACUCCUUCUUCCCGUCUCCUGUUGCUGACGAGUUGCUGCAGCACGGUUUAUAUGACUCAUCUCAGGUGUACAUACACCUGCUGCUUAACUCUCCUUCUCCUCGCUGUGUCUUGGGAGCCCACGGGCGCGGCUUUGCUGCUCUAGGGGCCCCUGCUGCUGCUGCUGGCAGCAGCAGCAGCAGCAGCAGCAGGGUGGGAGACGAUCUGCAGACGGUAGAGUUCUUACAAGACGGCCGUCUUGUUGCUGCUGCUGCUGCUGCUCCAUCAGCCUAUCCUAUUGGGAUAUAUGAAACGCAGCAGGGGCAUUUACUUGCUGCAUUUGCUGCUCCUGCUGUCUUUAUACCCACGCGAACCGCCAGCAGCAGCAGCAGCAGCAGCAGCAGCAGCAGCGGGGAGGACGGCACGGCUGUGCUGCUCUGCAGCUUCCCUGCUUUAGCGCUAGACCGCUCGCGCCCCCCUGCUGCUGCUGCUGCUGCCAGCCCCGGAGCCGCAGCAACAGCAGCAACAACACCAACAGCAGCAGCACCAGCAGCAGCAGCAAAAGGCAGGUGGCUUGCUGCAGCAGCAGACGUAGGCGGCUGCCUGGCAACAGCUUUCAUUGAAGAUGAUAAAAUUUUGGAGUUGCAGCGGCAGUUCGAGAGCAGCAGCAAGAAGCAGCAGCAAGCAGCAGCAGCUGCUGCUGCUGCUGCAGGCGGGGACGCAGCUGCAGCAGCAGCUGCUGCUGCUGCAGCUGCUGCUGAGCAGCGGGUUCCUGUUGUGCCUCAAGUGCUGCCGCUGCAAGCCUUCUACAUCAAUGAGAGAGCUGCCACUGCCGUGUCUCUCGUGUGGCGCCCAAGGCGGCGCAUCGUCCCUGGCAGCAGCAGCAGCAGCACCAGCAGUAGCAGCAGCCUUCAUUUGCUGCUGGGUUGCUCUGACGGGUUUAUAAGGGUCUGCGCCUUUGUGCCGCACACGCCUAUGAAGGUGGCUUUGCAGCAGCAGCAGCAGCAGCAACAGCCGCAGCAGCAGCUGCAAGUUCAAGUGUUUCCGCUGCUGCGACUGAAGAGCGUCACUCUCUCUCGUAUUGCCCGCGGGACUCAGAACGCAAGUCUCUGCGACCUGGUGUACGUACACCUCAGCCCCAGGCGUGCGGUGCUGCUGGCCAGUUGUAAUGCUGUAGAGAUGCCUCCAGAUUGCUGCUGCCUCCCGAUGGGGGCGCCCAUAGCAGCAGCAGCAGCAGCAGACAACAGCAGCAGCAGCAGCAGCAGCAGCAACUAUGGGUUUUACGAGGUAAGGGCAGCAGAAACAAGUGCAGAGGGACUGGAGACCGUCACUGAAGUGCUGCAGAGACACCUCAGCUUCAUUGUAGGUCUUGCAUGCUCGCAUACAGCAGCAACUGUGGUUAGUCUUGCUGCAGACGGCCACCUAGUUGUCUUUGCUAGAAAGGAUGCUCUUGCUGCUGCUGCUGCUGCAGCUGCUGCAGCAGCUGCUGCCGCUGCUGCUUCCAGUGCAGUGUUGCCGCAGGACGCCGCUGCAGCAGAAGAGCCGUCCAGUCAGCAGCAGCAGCAGCAGCAGCAGGAACAGCAGCAGCAGCAACAGCAGCAGCAGCAGCAGGGUGAUGCUUCUAGUGCACCUUCCUUAGAAGGACCUGCCGCUGCUUCGGGCGAAGCAGGGGCAGCAGCACCAGCAGCAACAGCAGCAGCCGCAGCAGCAACAGCAGCACACAGCCCCUUGGCUGAUGCUUUAGAGGCAGAGCCCGCAAAGAAGCGGCAGCAUAUAAGUGAAGAGCAGCAACUUGCUGCUUCGGCUGCUGAGACCCCAGCAGCAGCAAGCACAACAGCAGCAGACAGUGCAGCAGCAGACAGUGUAGCAGCAAACAGUGCAGAAGCAGCUACUGCAGUGCCGACACCAUUCGAGGCUGACGCAGCACCUGCAGCAGCAGCAGCAGCAGCAGCAGCAGCAGACUCCGGUAAAUCUCUCUUUGAACCAUCUUAG